CCAAGCCAAGCACUAUCAAACCAAACUGGCAUACACUCAUUUCUUUAUAUAAUCAUCACUACCCCAAAAGGCUUCUCAUCGUAUCACAAUACCACAUUCACAAAAAAUUCAAUCCGCCAUGGCCGAUUCUUCUUCAACCCCAUCGACCAAGCUUGAAAUCACUCACGAUUUCCCUCCUUUCCUCCGCAUCUACAAAGAUGGGGUCGUGGAGCGCCUCAUGGGCACUCAAACUGUGCCCGCCUCACUAGACGACCCCAAAACCGCCGUCCAAUCCAAAGACGUCCCUUACUCCCACGACCCUCAUCUCGUCGCCCGGCUCUACCUCCCCAAGCAAACCAAACCGGGCCAGAAGCUCCCUCUAUUGAUCUACUAUCACGGGGGAGGCUUCGUCAUCGAGACGGCCUUCUCCCCCACCUACCACAACCACCUCAACACCUUGGUCAAGGUGGCCAACGUGAUAGCGGUUUCUGUGGACUACAGGAGAGCCCCAGAGCACCCCGUACCAAUAGCGUACGAGGACUCGUGGGCCGCACUCAAAUGGGCUGCCUCUCAUUUUGGAGGCGGCCCAGAACAAUGGCUCAACGAUCACGCGGACUUUAACUCCGUGUUUCUGGCAGGGGACAGUGCAGGGGCCAACAUUGUCCACCAGGUGGCAAUUAGGUACGGGCGCGACAAGGUGGAGGGGGUCCCGCGGCUGGCCGGGUUGGUUAUGGUCCACCCGUAUUUUGCUGGGAAGGAACCGAUCGGGAAUGAGCCGGUUCCGGUGCCCGAUUGGGGGGAGCGGUUCUGGAAGCUGGUUUGCCCGAGUUCAACGACAGGGCUGGACGACCCGUAUUUGAACCCAGCUUUUGACCCGGACCUGGUCCGGCUUGGUUGCUCGAAGGUGCUUGUUAUGUUGGCAGAGAAGGAUUUCUUGAGGGAGAGAGGGAAGCACUAUUUCGAGUUGCUGAAGGGGAGCGAGUGGAAAGGAGAGGUUGAGAUGGUGGAGACUCAAGGCGAGCAGCAUGUCUUCCACUUGUGGAAUGCUGGUUGUGAAAACGCUGCCGUUUUGAUCAACAAGAUUUGCUCGUUCAUAAAUAAUUGAAGUCACUCACAAUGUUGAUUUUGGUUUAGCAUCAGCGACCGGUUGGCUGUUUGACGUUACUAGCUAUUUGUCCUUUUUCAAUAAUGCAUGAUGUUGCCUCCUAUGUCUUCUCUAAUGUUGCUUUGUCUGUUUGGAUGUAUGAUGCCGGCUUUUAACCUUGUUAAAUUAUAUCGAAUUGAUGAGAUCAAUUAAAAAAUUGGAUUAUUAAAGUUCUAGAUGAAGU